CAACGGCAGGUAAAACGACACCGUUUGGAUUAUCUCCCCUACCACUGCGAGAACAUAAGCGGAGGAGAGAGAGCAGUGGGUGAUGACGAGUAAAAGGAUAUAAUAAGCAAAAAGGAAUUUCCAACCCAAAUCAAAUGCCAGCAGUAGCAUUAACAAAAUUUAAUCUCAUUUACCACCAGAGGGCAGCGCCGAUUAAGCACAAUCGCAGCAUUCGCAUUUGUGCCUCAAUUUUAGGCAUAGGCUGCAUAGCCGCCGGAGCCAACAAGGCCAUGGUGACCACCGCCGCAAGCAGCAGCAGCAAUGGUGGCGCGUAUACGACGAUCAAAGAGAGAGUGAGAUUCGAAAAGGAGAUCAAGAAGAGCAAGUUCAUCGCCAUCGCUGGUCCCAUCCCCGAUGAACAAUCCGCUCAAUCCUUCCUCUCCCAGGUCCGAGAUCAACGUGCUACUCACAAUUGCUGGGCGUACAAGGUUGGAGAUCAAUACCGGUCUAAUGAUGAUGGUGAACCGUCGGGAACAGCCGGAAAACCCAUUCAUUCUGCUAUUGAAUCUUCAGGAAUUGAUAGAGUUAUGGUGGUCGUCAUCAGGCACUUUGGAGGUAUUAAAUUGGGUACUGGAGGACUUGUCAGGGCUUAUGGAGGAGUUGCCUCAGAAUGCUUGAGAAAUGCCCCAACUUGUCUUGUAAAAUCCAAGGUGAGAAUGGGUGUGGAGGUUCCAUUUGAUCUUUUGGGCGUUCUAUACCAUCAGCUGCAGUCUUUUCAAGUUGAAGACAUCAAGCAAGAUUAUGAGACUGGUAAAGAUGGCAUCACCAUGGUUACUUUCCAAGUUGAUUUUGACCGUAUUGAAAAAUUGGAGGAUGCUAUCAAAAGCCAUUGUAGCCGUGACUUAGUGUUCUAUAAGCGCUGAAACAGCCUUAGCUAGUGUAGACAUUUUCAUGAUGAAGCAUUUCAAGACUGGUACAUACAUUUUACGUCUGCUGUGCUCGGAAGCAAUCUUUUGCUACAGGUAAGACCCCAAUAUACAGAAAAAUCUCUAAAGCAGCUGCAGAUUGUUUAGAGAUAUUUAAUAUAUUAAUUAAACUAGUUGGUACGAAAGAUUAACUUAUUCUUGAAGGUUGCUUGUUUACCUGACAUGUUGUAUAUAGGACAGCCUCCGUUAUAUGAGAAGAAAUAUGCUCUUAUUUUAUGGACUUGGGUGCAAGUUUAAAAAUUUAGUGCUAAACUAUUAUUUUA